GGUGCUAUUUAUUGUGAUUGACUGACAUCAAAAAGUGACUAAAGGAUGAUAACGCGACCAAUCUAAUCUCUCCGUAGAAUGUACACAUUACGUCAAUUAUUAAUAGAUGAACUAUCAGACAUCAGAAAUGAAUCAGCAGACCUACCUAGUGUCACAUAUAGUGCUCAUAACCACCCAUACCUUUCAAUAAUGUACUUCAAUAUAUCUUUAACAAUUUUGUUGCUGCCAUGCCUGUUCACAUUAAGCGUGGUGAGUUCAAAGAAUAUUAUAUCCAUCAGCCUAAAGAAGCAAAAAACUAACGAAACUCUGGAACUCAUUGGGAGCCAUAUGAAAGGUCUAAGACUACUUCAAGGUCGUGCCAACGUAACCUUGUAUGAUGUGCAAGAUACAUAUUACUAUGGGACAAUGAAUGUGGGAACGCCUCCCCAGACAUUUAACGUCAUUUUUGAUUCAGGAUCAGCUGAUUUGUGGGUACCAUCUAUCCAGAUAUGUUCCACAUAUCCUAGUUUUUGCGAAAGACACAAAGUAUAUAAGUCAAGCACAAGUAAUACCUACAAAAAGGAUGGACAACAGUUUAGUAUAACUUACGGAAAAGGCGGAGCUUCAGGUUUCGUGUCACAGGAUAACAUUGAGGUGGCAGGAGUACAGGUUACAGGACAAGUGUUUGGAGAGGCAACAUCAAUUGAUAGCGCAGGUAUGGCUUCAUAUUUCGAUGGAAUAUUUGGUCUGGCUUAUCCGAAACUCUCUAACAUUGGAACUAACCCUCCUUUUGUGAACAUGAUUCGGCAAGGCGUUCUGGAGCAACCUGUUUUCGCUUUCUAUUUGAAUAAAGACGAUUCGUCUGAGGACAGAGGGGAGUUGGUUCUAGGAGGCGUAAGUUCCGACCACUACAGUGGUAGCUUCACAUACACACCUGUACUGUCUCCAAGUUACUGGAUUAUAAAAAUGGACAGUGUCCAGAUCAAUUCAAAUGCAGUGAGCGGUUCACAACAAGCCAUUCCAGACUCCGGAACAAGUUUUAUGUAUGGACCUUCUGAUGUUAUGAAUGUUAUUAUUAAUGCUAUUGGAGGCCAGUAUCAGAACGGUUUGUAUAUUGUUCCCUGUUCCUCGACCGAAAGUUUGCCCAGUGUGACCUUUGUUAUCAACAGCACACCGUUUGUAUUACUACCAGAAGAUUACAUUGUUAAGAUUUCUGGAGUAUGUGUCAGCGGUUUCAUAGGAGAAACCAGCUUCCCAUUCUUCAUCCUUGGAGAUGUGUUCAUGCGCAAAUAUUAUACCAAGUUUGACAUGGGAAAGAACCAAGUUGGUUUCGCUAAAGCGAAAACUAUCGGGGAUCCCUCGACGGCAAAACACGAUUCGGACGACUCUAGUAAUAGUGCCUUUAUACUACAAGACAUUAGUGUUAUAAAACAUGUGUUAGUCAUACUGAUAAUUUGUUGCUCGCAUUACAUAUAUUGAACUUUAGCUUAAUGCUCAACUUAAUAUUAAGAUUGUGCACAUAGUUUACUAACAACUGUUUUCAAUAUUUUAAUGAUUGUAAAACCGCAUUCCAUUUUGAGUUCUUGAAUAUUACAAACAUUUUUAAUUAAUAAUAAUUGCAAUAAAAACUUUAAAACAGUGACGGACAUGAUAUUAAAUUAUAGGUUAUUAGAUUUAAGAGUAACUUGUAUAAUAAGAUACUAAUUUUUAAACUUUUAUUAUUAAUAUGGAUUGUUUUUACAACAAAUGACUCUAGGACUGAUAUUUGUUUUUUUUAUGAUUGGUUUUGGUUUUGCAUGGUUUAGUUUAAGGCAUGAUUUUCGGAACAUGUAGCACUAUUUUUAACACCAUCAUUAAUAUUGCUGAUGCAUUCAUUAAUGGAGUGAAGUGCAAUUAGAUAUCAAGGCCAUCAGCGAAGUCUUGAGUUUCAUUUUAAACUUAGUGCAACAUCUCUGGAUUUUUGUUUGGAAUUCUUUAACUUUUAAUUACCUUUCUUUUGAAAUUGUAUGCUUUCAUGGUUUUCACCUGAACAAGAGAGCAGAUAUCACUUAUCGAAACUUUGUGUGUAAAAAGUACACAAACAAGUGAUAUUAAUUGUCGUACAAACAUAUACAGAAGGCAGUUCAUAGAGUAUCAACAUUUAGAUACAAAAUUAUAAAUCUAUUUCGUUUCCUGACUAAUGCUUACACAUAGUUAAAGUAUUUAAUACAAUAUUAUGUAUAUAUUAUAUAUAUAUUAUAUAUAUAUAUAUAUAUAUACAUACUGUAUAUAUAUAUAUAUAUAUAUAUAUAUGCUCAUUUGAUGAUGAUACGAGUUUCCUUAUAUAUUUAUAAUAUAUAUAUGAAACUCGUAUUAUCACCAAAUGAGCAUCGUUCUAACGGUGUACUUGUUAAGAUAACUAUUACAAAUAUGAAUAUUAUAGUAGAUGUACGAGAGGUAUGACAACGUACCUGCAGAUAAAAACAUUCACGUUCAAUUUAAAACAUUCAUGCUAACUAUCCUAUAAGCUACUGGAAUUUACUUCUCGUACGUAAAUUAUUUCACAAAUUAUCUUUAGUUAGUUUUUUAAGAGGCUUUCAGUAUAUACCAACAUAUAUACAUGUGUAAACAGUUAAGAUAUUAUUGACCAAAGACAUUUUUUUCUUUAAUUAAUAAAGAAUUCCUUAAUUUGUGAUGUA